AUGUCACCUCAUCUGUGUGGUGGGCUCACCUGGUAGAGUCUCGUCAUCUCUCUCCCAGUUCCUUUACCCAGUUCUUCUGGUGGACACCUGGUGUAAGAGUCUAAUGUGUCUCCAGUGUUCAAGUGUCUGAACACUCAGAGUAGAAGUCAAGCAUUUGAGAGCAGAAGUGCUGAUUUAGGAGCAGUUUUCCCUUUCAGAUCACAAUGAAUGUGAUUAUAUGGACAGAGGGGAACCUGAUCCUAGAUCAGCACUCCUACUCUGAGGGCUUCCUGUAGCAGUGUUGGCCCUGCAGUCUUUCAUCACUGUCCAGCGUAUCUAAUGGAUCUCUCUCCCCAGCUGCCUUUGUUCACGAAACAACUUCAUGAAAUGUUAAUGGAAUGGAAUGUCACCCUCUUCCUCUCUUUCUCCCUCUCUUUCUCCCUCUCUUUCUCCCUCUCUUUCUUCCUCUCUUUCUUCCUCUCUUUCUUCCUCUCUUUCUUCCUCUCUUUCUCCCUCUCUUUCUUCCUCUCUUUCUCCCCCUCUUUCUUCAUCUCUUUCUUCCCCUCUUUCUCCCUCUCUUUCUUCCUCUCUUUCUUCCUCUCUUUCUUCCCCUCUUUCUCCCUCUCUUUCUUCCUCUCUUUCUUCCCCUUAUCCCCCUCUCUUUUUCUUCUCUACUUCUCUCCUCUCUGAACUUCACCUUAUCUUUUCUCUCUUUCUUUUUCGGUGUUACUACCUUCAUCCAUCUCUCCAUCCUCUCUCUCCCUGUCUCCCCUCAUCCAUCUCUCCAUCCUCUCUCUCCCUCUUUACCCUCAUCCCUCUCUCCCCUCUUCCAUCUCUCCAUCCUCUCUCUCCCGCUUUCCACUCAUCCCUCUCUCCACCUCUCUCCUGCAGGAUGUUUGACGUGGGCGGCCAGCGCUCAGAGAGGAAGAAAUGGAUCCACUGCUUUGAAGGAGUCACAGCCAUCAUCUUCUGUGUGGCGCUGAGUGCUUAUGACCUGGUGCUGGCUGAGGAUGAGGAGAUGGUGAGGAGGAAGAGUCACCUAUCUUAUCCACACCUUGGAAAUAGAUGAUAUUUCUGUGAUCCACACAUUAUCAAUUGGUCACACGUAUACUUGUCAUCUGGUACCAAAACACACAUAUACUGUACAUAUUGUGAAGCAAAUAUUACUUCUCUACAUUUUGUUAAAAAGGAUAUGUGCACUGGAAUAGGCUAUAAGAUUAGAUACAUUUUAUUCUAUAGGUGUGUAUGUGUAAUUGAUAUACUGCGCACACUGCUUACUGUAAGUGUGUGCUGAUGACUUAACCUGUGGAGUGGUUUAAGCUGCUUAGAUAUCAUCUAAUUGCUUUGCAAUGAGCCAUUUGUUUUCCUCACUGAGGUGUGAAGCACCCAAUCAAUACACCACUUAUGUAGGUACAGGAAAAAAUGAGAUGGGAGGAACCAUCCUACCUCACAGACACUGCAUUGUGAGAGUGUGUAACAACUUGAUCCCACUUUAAUUCAAUAGUCUUGUUGAAAAGUUAUAGCUCACAAAUUCUUAGGACCAAAUAGGCCAUUGGUUUAUUUCUAUGGAUGUUCACCUGUUUUACUUCCUUCCUUUCAGUCAGUCCUUUUAUUAUAUGGCACAUCAAUCUAUUUUUAACAAUCUGCUUGAACAAUAUGUUUCCUCUCACCAUCCCACCAUCACACCACACAGACACACUUAUCAGUUUCUCUAUCCAUCUCCACUACUGUAGUGAGAGAGGAGAAAGCAAAUGUGAGGCGUUACUGCCCCCUUGUGGCAGCCUCUGUUUUAUCCUUCAGUUAAGGUCUUUGGAUGUUAUUUGACCAAUGAUGUACAGGGCAUUCGGAAAGUAUUCAGACCCCUUGACUUUUUCCACAUUUUGUUACGUUACGUAAGUAUUCAGACCCUUUGCUAUGAGACUUGAAAUUGAGCUCAGAUGUUUCUACAACUUGAUUGGAGUCCACCUGUGGUAAAUUCAAUUGAUUGGACAUGAUUUGGAAAGGCACACACCUGUCUAUAUAAGGUCCCACAGUUGACAGUGCAUGUCAGAGCAAAAACCAAGCCAUGAGGUCGAAGGAAUUGUCCGUAGAGCUCCGAGACAGGAUUGUGUCGAGGCAAAGAUCUGGGGAAGGGUACCAAAACAUUUAUGCAGCAUUGAAGGUCCCCAAGAAAACAGUGGCCUCCAUCAUUCUUAAAUGGAAGAAGUUUGGAACCACAAAGACUCUUCCUACAGCUGGCCACCCGGCCAAACUGAGCAAUCGGGGGAGAAGGGCCUUGGUCAGGGAGGUGACCAAGAACCCAAUGGUCACUCUGACAGAGCUCCAGAGUUCUUCUGUGGAGAUGGGAGAACCUUCCAGAAGGACAACCAUCUCUGCAGCACUCCACCAAUCAGGCCUUUAUGGUAGAGUGGCCAGACGGAAGCCACUCCUCAGGAAAAGGUACAUGACAGCCCUCUUGGAGUUUGCCAAAAGCCACCUAAAGACUCUCAGACCAUGAGAAACAAGAUUCUCUGUUCUGAUGAAACCAAGAUUGAACUCUUUGGCCUGAAUGCCAAGUGAAACCUGGCACCAUCUCUACGGUGAAGCAUGGUGGUGGCAGCAUCAUCAUGUGGGGAUGUUUUUCAGCGGCAGGGACACUAGUCAGGAUCGAGGGAAAGAUGAACGGAGCAAAGUACAGAGAGAUCCUUGAUGAAAACCUGCUCCAGAGCGCUCAGGACUUCAGACUGGGGCAAAGGUUCACCUUCCAACAGGACAUGGACCCUAAGCACACAGCCAAGACAACGCAGGAGUGGCUUCGGGACAAGUCUCUGAAUGUCCAUGAGUGGCCCAGCCAGAGCCCGGACUUGAACCUGAUCGAACAUCUCUGGAGACCUGAAAAUAGCUGUGCAGCGAUGCUCCCCAUCCAACCUGACAGAGCUUGAGAGGAUCUGCAGAGAAGAAUGGGAGAAAUUCCCCAAAUACAGGUGUGCCAAGCUUGUAGCUUCAUACCCAAGAAAACUCAAGGCUGUAAUCAUUGCCAAAGGUGAUUCAACAAAGUACUGUGUAAUAAGGCUGUAAUGUAACAAAAUGUGGAAAAAGUCAAGGGGUCUGAAUACUUUCUGAAUGCACUGUAUAUAAACCCUGGAUUGCUUAUUCUAUGUAAUGGCCAUUAAGAGGCUUUGAAGCCACCGGUCGGCCAUAUUGGCACUCCCCAGUAGCAGCAGUCCUCCAUAGGAAUGAAUGGAAUUCUACAGUAUUUCAAUUAAAUUAAAAAGGACAAAAUUACAAGAUUUAAGUUUUUUAUUUUCUUUAAAAAAAAAAUGUUUUUAUGUUUUUAUGUUUAGUUCACAUAAUAUAAUUUUAAAAGUAUGCAUUAAAGUGUCUGUAAUAGAACAAGCAUGUCAAAAAUGAAUGUAGACAUUAUUAAAUGCAUUUCUAUAGCUUCCAAAAUAUUUGUUUUACUAUUGUGGGGGAAUGCCAAGAUGGAGGCACAGUGGCUUUUCACUCAUCUACAUUUACAUUUACAUUUUCGUCAUUUAGCAGACGCUCUUAUCCAGAGCGACUUACAAAUUGGUGCAUUCACCUUAUGAUAGCCAGUGGGACAACCACUUUACAAUACAUAUUUUUUUUUUAUAUAUUUCUUUUUUUGGGGGGGUGGGGUAGGGAGAGGGUAGAAGGAUUGCUUUUAUCCUAUCCCAGGUAUUCCUUAAAGAGGUGGGGUUUCAAGUGUCUCUGGAAGGUGGUGAGUGACUCCGUUGUCCUGGCGUCGUGAGGGAGCUUGUUCCACCAUUGGGGUGCCAGAGCAGCGAACAGUUUUGACUGGGUUGAGCAGGAACUGUGCUUCCGCAGAGGUAGGGGGGCCAGCAGGCCAGAGGUGGAUGAACGCAAUGCCCUCGUUUAGGUGUAGGGACUGAUCAGAGCCUGAUGGUACGGAGGUGCCGUUCCCCUCAAAGCUCCGUAGGCAAGCACCAUGGUCUUGUAGCAGAUGCAGGCUUCAACUGGAAGCCAGUGGAGUGUGCGGAGGAGCGGGGUGACGUGAGAGAACUUGGGAAGGUUGAACACCAGACGGGCUGCAGCAUUCUGGAUGAGUUGUAGGGGUCUAAUGGCACAGGCAGGGAGCCCAGCCAACAGCGAGUUGCAGUAAUCCAGACGGGAGAUGACAAGUGCCUGGAUUAGGACCUGUGCCGCUUCCUGUGUAAGGUAGGGUCGUACUCUGCGAAUGUUGUAGAGCAUGAACCUACAGAAUCGGGUCACCGCUUUGAUGUUAGCGGAGAACGACAGGGUGUUGUCCAGGGUCACGCCAAGGUUCUUUGCACUCUGGGAGGAGGACACAACGGAGUUGUCAUCCGUGAUGGCAAGAUCAUGGAGCGGGCAGUCCUUCCCUGGGAGGAAGAGCAGCUCCGUCUUGCCGAGGUUCAGCUUGAGGUGGUGAUCCGUCUUCCACACUGAUAUGUCUGCCAGACAUGCAGAGAUGCGAUUCGCCACCUGGUUAUCAGAAGGGGGAAAGGAGAAGAUUAAUUGUGUGUCGUCUGCGUAUACAAUCUAGUGUAUAUAUAAAUAAUUGUAUGUGACCCAGUAUUUCUCUCCGUCUGUCUGUCUGUCUACCAGAACCGGAUGCAUGAGAGCAUGAAGCUGUUUGACUCCAUCUGCAACAACAAGUGGUUCACAGAGACCUCCAUCAUCCUCUUCCUCAACAAGAAGGAUCUGUUUGAGGAGAAGAUUACAUGCAGCCCCCUGGCUAUCUGCUACCCCGAGUACACAGGUAGAGAAUCUUUCCAAUGUGUCUGUAGGACUGUAAUGUACAGCAGGUUGUAGAGCAGUCAGACAGAGAAAUGGUGUAGUUGUGAUUGUUGAGGCAGUAGCUAUUUCAGCAGCAGUAGUAGUUCUAGCAAUAUAGUACUGAUGGCACCAACAGCAAUUGAAACAGUGACAGAAUAAAUCAAAUCAAAUCAAAUAUAGUUGUAUUUGUCACAUGCGCCGAAUACAACAGGUGUAGACCUUACCGUGAAAUGCUUACUUACAAGCCCUUAACCAACAAUGCAGGUUUAAGAAAAUAUAGUAAAAAAUUUGUUUUAAAUAAAGUAACACAAUAAAAUAAUAAUAAUAAUAAUAAUAUGCCAUUUAGCAGACGCUUUUAUCCAAAGCGACUUACAGUCAUGCGUGCAUACAUUUUUGCGUAUGGGUGGUCCCGGGGAUCGAACCCACUACCUUGGCGUUACAAGCGCCGUGCUCUACCAGCUGAGCUACAGAGGACCACAAUAAUGAGGCUAUAUACAGGGGGUACCGUUACCGAGUCAAUGUGCGGGGGUACAGGUUAGUCGAGGUAAUUUGUACAUGUAGGUAGGGGUAAAGUGACUAUGCAUAGAUAAUAAACAGCGAGUAGCAGCAGUGUAGUGGGGGGGUCAAUGCAAAUAAGUCCUGGUGGCCAUUUGAUUAAUUGUUCAGCAGUUUAUGGCUUGGGGGUAGAAGCUGUUAAGGAGCCUUUUGAACCUAGACUUGGUGCUCCGGUACUGCUUGCCGUGUGGUAGCAGAGAGAACAGUGUAUGACUUGGGUGACUGGAGUCUUUGACAAUUUUUCGGGCCUUCCUCUGACACCGCCUAGUAUAUAGGUGUACUCCCGAGUGGCGCAGUGGUCUAAGGCACUGCAUUGCAGUGCUAGCUGUGCCACUAGAGAUCCUGGUUUGAAUCCAGGCUCUGUCGUAGCCGGCCGUGACCGGGAGACCCAUGGGGCGGCUCGCAAUUGGCCCAGCGUUGUCCAGGGUAGGGGAGGGAAUGGCCGGCAGGGAUGUAGCUCAGUUGGUAGAGCAUGGCGUUUGCAACGCCAGGGUUGUGGGUUCGAUUCCCACAGGGGGUAUGAAAAAAAUAAAAAAUAAUGUAUGCACUAACUGUAAGUUGCUCUGGAUAAGAGCGUCUGCUAAAUGACUAAAAUGUAAAUGUAUAGGGAUUGGAAGUGAUGCAGACAAUUACAUUGAUAGAAGAUGCUAUCUAUCUGCAAUAUUAAGCUGAUCCAUCCCCCCUAAAAAAAAAAAAAAAAAAAAAAAAAAAAAUGUAUAGGUCCUGGAUGGCAGGAAGCUUGGCCCCAGUGAUGUACUGGGCCGUACGCACUACACUCUGUAGCGCCUUAUGGUCGGAUGCCGAGCAGUUGCCAUACCAGGCGGUGAUGCAACUGGUCAGGAUGCUCUCGAUGGUGCAGCUGUAGAACUUUUUGAGGAUCUGGGAACCCAUGCCAAAUCUUUUCAGUUUCCUGAGGGGGAAAAGGGUAUAGUCAUGCCCUCUUCACGACUGUCUUGGUGUGUUUGGACCAUGAUAGUUUGUGAUGUGGACACCAAGGAACUUGAAACUCUCGACCCGCUCCACUACAGCCCCGUUGAUAUGAAUGGGGGCGUGUUCGGCCCUCCUUUUCCUGUAGUCCACGAUCAUCUCCUUUGUCUUGCUCAUGUUGAGGGAGAUGUUGAUGUCCUGGCACCACACUGCCAGGUCUCUGACCUCCUCCCUAUAGGCUGUCUCAUCGUUGUCGGUGAUCAGGACUACCACCAUUGUGUUGUCAACAAACUUAAUGAUGGUGUUGGAGUCGUGCUUGGCCACGCAGUUGCAGGUAAACAGGGAGAACAGGAGGGGACUAAGCACGCACCCCUGAGGGGCCCCCUGUUGAGGGUCAGCGUGGCAGAUGUAUUGUUGCCUACCCUUACCACCUGGGGGCGGCCCGUCAGGAAGUCCAGGAUCCAGCUGCAGAGCGAGGUGUUUAGUCCCAUGGUCCUUACCUUAGUGAAGAGCUUUGUGGGCAAUAUGGUGUGGAACACUGAGCUGUAGUCAAUGAACAACAUUCUCACAUAGGUGUUCCUUUUGUCCAGGUGGGAAAGGGCAGUGUGGAGUGCGAUUGAGAUUGCGUCAUCUGUGGAUCUGUUGGGGCGGUAUGCGAAUUGAAGUGUUUCCGGGAUGAUGGUGUUGAUGUGAGCCAUGACCAGCCUUUCAAAGCACUUCAUGGCUACCAACGUGAGUGCUACAGGGCGGUAGUCAUUUAGGCAGGUUACCUUCGCUUUCUUGGGCACAGGGACUAUGGUGGUCUGCUUGAAACAUGUAGGUAUUACAGACUCGGUCAGGGAGAGGUUGAAAAUGUCAGUGAAGACACUUACCAGUUGGUCUGCGCAUGCUCUGAGUACAUAUCCUGGUAAUGCGCAUGGCCCUGCGGCCUUGUGAAUGUUGACCUGUUUAAAGGUCUUGCUCACAUCGGCUACGGAGACUGUGAUCACACAGUCGUCCGGAAUAGCUGGUGCUCUUAUGCAUGCUUCAGUGUUGCUUGCCUCGAAGCGAGCAUAAAAGGCAUUUAGCCCGUCUGGUAGGCUCGCGUCACUGGGCAGCUUGCGGCUGGGUUUCCCUUUGCACUCCGUAAUAGUUUGCAAACCCUGCCACAUCCGACGAUAUAAUAUUGGGGGAUAUUGAGCUUGCCAGGGAGGAUUUCCAAGAGAUGUCAACUUACAAUUGAUUAAUAGUAGUUUAUCUAGAAAUCAAUCAUUACAUUGUAAUGUCCAGCCACACAUCACAUGGUAUAAUGUUUGUAUUUUUGUUCACCAUUUUAACUUCUCGCUACUCAGGAGCCAACAAAUAUGACGAGGCAGCCAGUUACAUCCAGACCAAGUUUGAGGACCUGAACAAGAAGAAGGACACCAAGGAGAUCUACACCCACUUCACUUGUGCCACCGACACCAAGAACGUCCAGUUUGUCUUCGACGCGGUCACCGACGUCAUCAUCAAGAACAACCUGAAGGACUGUGGUCUCUUCUAG